CAAGGAUGACAGGCCAGGGAACCUGGUAGCAGUGAAGUGCAUUUUUAUGUAUCGUUUCGUUGUCGUUUGCAGUUUAUUCGCUGGUUUUUGUUUUCUCUCGAAAUUUCGAGAAAAAAUAAAAUAGUGGUAUCUUUGAAUAGAAAUAUUCGUUAGUUGUUAUGGAUUGAUAAUUGCUCGAAUUGAUCAGAGUUGUAAGUGAAUCUCGCGGUGGCAAGCAAUGGAUUCACUCAACAUCAAAAUGGAGGUAGCGGAUCUACCACUUCCGGAUCAUAUGUCUCAGUUAGGCGAGGAUGGACUGGGAAUUAUUGCCAACUCGGAAUUUUUGGCCAACGGGAACGGAUUAUUUCUAGGUGAUGCAGACGACGCCGAUGAAGAAGAUGAUACAAUCGUGGUUCAUAUGGAUUUGCGGGAAAAUUUGUCGACACUAAGAGGCUUGGUCGAACAGCGCAUUGGAGUAUCGUUGAAGCAUUAUGAAUUUUGGCUUCAGGACACUCAGAUGCUAGAAUCACACAAGAAUUUAGUUGAUCAAUGUGUCCAAGGUGAAGGAUUGGUACAGAUUAAUGUUCAGGUUCAAACAGCGAAAAGACGUAUCAACAUUGCUGACGUUUUGAAGCCAACGGAUGAGGUUUUGGAAACCUAUCAGCAGGAACUGGAACUAGCUGCGGCACAAGCCGCGGCCGCAGCUCAGAUUGCAGCCGCAGCGGCAGCUGCUGCUACGAUUUCGAAUACGGAAACAAAGCCAACCACUAAACAAAGCUCAGAAUCUUCUGCUUCACCUAAUUCAACGAAUGUUUCGAAUGACUCUAUAACAAUUGAUUCAAAGCCACUGCAAUUAACGUCGAAAGAGGAGCUGGAAACAGCUUCAGCAGUGGCCGCAAUUAUCAAGUCUGCUAAUGCGGAAGCAAACGCAGAGAAAGCCACCGCACAGUUGCCUGUCAGAAAUGGUUCAAUGGCUAAAGAUUCCCCGAAGGUGAUGGGUUCACCGGCGAUAAUCGACGACGAAGAUGACGAUGACGACGAAAUGGGAGAGGGUGGCCAGUCGGCACUGCGUUGGGUUUGCGACACGAACUUCAAACGUGACCAGCAACGAUUGAACAUUCCGGACGAUCCGGUCGAAUGGACGGUGGCGCAUGUAAAACACUGGAUCCAGUGGGCCGUACGGACGUUUCAGUUGGCCAACAUCAAACUGCCAGAUUGGACCAUCAGCGGAAAGGAGCUGUGCGAUUUGGACCACGGAGAAUUCAAACAGCGAGUGCCGCACGAUCCGGGUGACUUGUUCUGGACCCACCUGGAGUUGCUACGGAAGUGCAAAUUUGUUGCGGUUGUGCAGAAGCAAGGAGAUGGUGACGAUUACGACGAAAUGGCAAUACUGCGCAAGGUUCCGCGGAAUAGCGUUGGAAAUGAGACAAGUUAUUGUGGCAAUCGGAGCGGUAAUAAUGGACAGAUUCAACUUUGGCAAUUUUUGUUGGAGAUCCUCACCGAUAAGGAGCAUCGUGCCGUUAUUCAAUGGAUUGGAACUGAAGGCGAGUUCAAAUUGUGCAAUCCGGAGCUGGUUGCCCAACUGUGGGGUGAGCGCAAAAACAAGCCAACUAUGAACUAUGAGAAACUGUCGCGUGCUCUACGUUACUAUUACGACGGGGACAUGAUCUCCAAAGUACACGGUAAACGGUUCGUAUACAAGUUCGUCUGCGAUUUGCGGGAAUUGAUCGGCUACGAUGCUUCGGAACUUGCUGCUCUCGUCAACGAAGGACCCCCGAUUGCCAGCGAUCAGUUUGAUUUGAAAAAUUUUGAUUUGGACUUUGAUUAAGUUUUAGACACGUUUUGCCUUCCAUAUCCGAUAUUGACUUUAUUCUUUAAC